AUGGUUGAUGUAAAGAAAUUGGAUUACAGAUGCUCCCCUCAUCGGCUUUUCUCAAUUUUUUCCCAAAUGAAUGGGGCGCAGAAAGAGGUGGUCAAACAAAUAGGGUUCGGCACACUACUGGGGAUGAAAGAUUUUACCGUUAGAAGAAAUCUCAUAACAUGGUUGGUGUCUUGCUUCAACGUUGAAGAUGGGAGUUUGGAAGUCCACGGUAAACAAUUUAAGUUGGAUAGUAAAAUUUUUACCGCUACCAUGGGGGUUAAGGACGGAGUUCAAGAUUUAGUGGACAGUGUUAGUGGCGAUGAGCCGAAUGAUAAGGGGGAAAGAUUAUCUAUGUCUAUUCUAGAGUUCAAACUAAAACAAAAUCAAUCAACCAACAUGUCUUUCAUUCGAGACUUCCUUUUGUUCCUUGUGUCCUCCUUUCUGAUGCCGAAAAAGGGACUUAAAAUUUCGCGAGAUUUCGACAGUCCUAUACUUGCCAUAAAAGACAUUGCAACUGUCUCUCGGGUUAAUUGGGCCUCAAUGUCGUACAAGUUUCUGUGGAAAAGCCUUCGACAGUUUCGUGCCAAACCAUCCCAGUUUGUGGGAGGAUGCAUCUACUUCUUGCAGGUGUUUUAUUGUCAUCACGUUGCCUGGAAGGAAGGCUAUGUCGAUAAAAGCCUGUGCCCUUUAAAUGUUUGGUCCGAAGAUGAUUUUAAGGCCGUCCUUGAUUGGGUAGAGCAGCAAGGGGGGUUUCAGUCAAACACAAUACCAUUGUUAGAAUUGCAGGAUGGGUUGGUUGAGUUGAAGUUGCCCGCCACGAUCUCAUCCCUAUGUACUAUGGUUGCAUCAUUGCAGAAGAAAAUGAUCGAUCAAGAGAAUCAAAUUGUUAAAUUAGAAGAGGUGAUUCAAAGGAAAAUGUCUAUUGAAUUUGAAAGAUUACGUAAAAGCUUCAGUCGUUCAAUAAGUUCAACUGCGGGUGGUCCUGCCAUUCCCGACUCCCGGAAAGAGAAGGAGGCUCACGGAGGGGAUGGAAGGAAGUUCAUGGACGACCCUAUAGAGGGGAACCUUCAGUUGAACGAUGGGGCAAGUUGGAGCAAGGUUUGGAGUCGGAGUGACCCAAUGUUGAUCGAGUGUGGUGCUGGUUUUAUGGAUGAAGUUGAAAAUUCUUUUGCAAAAGCUCCCGUUUCAUACAACGACAACAACGGUGUGGAAAUGGAGCAUGAUUUGAAUGAUUGUCAACCUAUGGCUGCACCCCCUAGUGAAGAGAACGAUGUGGUGGAAGCAGCUACUGAACUGGCUGCUUCGCAGACUAAGUCGACAGGUCCCGACAAGGAGACCAAAGCAGUGUCAGUGAAAAAAAGAUUAUUCAAAACAACUGCUCAACGUAGACCUGUUGAGAAGGAGAGGGAAGGGAUGAACAGGGGAAAAGGGAAGGAAAUAGUCUUGUAUAACAUUAUUUCUGAACAUAAUACCGAUGGUGGUACCGGUGAUCGCGUCAUUCACAAAAUAGAGGACGAUGACGACUUCAACAUUGAUCUUGCCAUUCGUAAGAGAGACGCACAACUAUGCAAAGAGGACAAGUUAUUUGAGAAUAUGGUCGCCACGUAUAUGGGAAGCGACGGCUACCAGGUUGGGGCAUUUAAAUUCAAACAAUCGGUAUCCGUGGCUAGUUUCCAGCUUGGACUGUUCCUUUUUUAUAACAGUUUGUCGUUGAGGGAUGUUUUGGUGGAUACUCAAGUGGUAAAGGUGGAGCGUUGGUACUUCAAAAGCCUCAGACCAGAAGGUCAUGUGGACGUGAAGGUAAGACCUUCUGCUUAUGUAAAGAUAAUGAGUGAUUUAUACUGUGUAUUAAUUCAAUGA